AUGGCUUCUACAGCCGAAACUACUUCUACGGCCGAUACCUCUUCGCGACCCCGCAAUGAUGGGCAGCGAGGCUCAAGAGGGAGAGGGAGAGGUCGCGGUCGAGGCGGAGCUUCGGGAGAGGUUGGUGGCGAUUCUAGACAGUCGGAAAAUCGUGGAGGAAGACGAGAGGGUCGUGGUGGAAAUAGGGGAAAUACCGCUAGCCAUGAAACUCCUAAUACGAAUACCAAUACCAUGAACUCUACAGACCUCACUGCGAAGUCCUCCGCGCAGAAGAAGUUGCCAAAAAUAGAUGGAGAAACCAAGGAUGUAGAUGGUGAGCCGGUUGAAGCAGAGGUGUGCUUUAUUUGCGCCUCAGACGUCGAACAUAAUGCUGUCGCUCCAUGUAAUCAUCGCACAUGUCAUAUAUGUGCUUUGCGAAUGAGAGCUUUGUACAAGACCAAAGAUUGUGUACAUUGUAGAACACCCUCGCCGUUUGUUAUAUUCACAGACAAUGCGACUAAAAAUUAUGAAGACUUCUCGGACGAAGAUAUCUCAAAUACAGACCCCAAUAUUGGUAUUCGAUAUGAGAGUAAUGAUAUACAAGAGGAUACUCUACUGCUUCUGCGGUAUAACUGUCCCGAUUCUACUUGCGAUACUGCAUGCAGAGGUUGGCCAGAUUUGCAUCGUCAUGUUAGAUCCAUACAUCAGAAGAAAAUGUGUGAUCUAUGUACGAGGCACAAAAAAGUAUUCACCCACGAACACGAAUUAUUUGCUGAUAAAGAACUGGAAAAGCAUAUGAGAAAAGGAGAUGACAAUCCUGGAGCACUCGAUCAAACGGGAUUCAAGGGUCAUCCUCUAUGCUCUUUUUGUGGUCAACGCUUUUAUGGCGAUGACGAGCUAUUUCUCCACUGCCGAGAGAAACAUGAAAGAUGUCAUGUCUGUGAUCAACUGAGUAAUAACGGCCAACCGCAUUAUUAUGUUGAUUAUAACUCCCUAUCCCAACAUCUACGAAAGGAUCAUUUCCCUUGCAAUGAGCCGGAAUGUUUGGAGCAAAAGUUCAUCUUUUUUGCAACGGAGAUAGAUCUAAAAGCACAUCAAUUGGAUGUCCAUGGAAGUACCUUAUCUAAAGACGUUCGUAGGGAUGCGAGAACGGUUGAUAUCUCUACUUUUGAAUAUCGUCAACCAUAUGUACAAGAACGCAGCCGCGGAGGAAGUCAACGAGAGCAACGAGAUGGCCGCGGUAGAGGCAGGGGCAGAGACCCGAAUGCUGAACCCUUGGCACCAUCUAGUGCACAACCUUUACGUCGUGAUGAGCAAGCUUUCCAACGGCAAAUGGCAGUGCAAGGUGCUCAGGCUGGGUCAUCAAGAGCUUUCGGUGGUCAAUUGACGGCACCUACCCCUGCCCAAGCCAAUGCCAGAGCCAGUCCCGCAGAACCUUCACGAGCUGGCUCCGCUCGACCUGUAGCCAAUGCUGAGGGUCUUUCUGAAGCAGUUGAUGGGAUGAACAUAGCUGCACCAGAAUUGACCCCUCAGGAACGAGCUAGGCAGCUUCGACACCGCGAAGUUGUUGAAAGAGCAAGCCGACUGUUACAGAACGAUCAAACCAAGUUGAAUCAGUUUCGCAACUCCAUAUCUUCAUACAAAAAUGUUGGGAUAACUGCCAAUGCCCUCAUCGAUGCAUUCUUUGCUCUGUUUUCGGACACUACUCCUGCUGCCCUUGGCACACUUAUUCGUGAAGUUGCCAGCCUUUUUGAAGAUGAGAAUAAGAAAACUGCCUUACUAACUGCUUGGAAUGAUUGGCGUGCUAUCAACGAAGAUUAUCCAUCUCUACCAGCUCCUACUUCCAGUAACGGUAAUGUUAUACCUCUAGGUUGGGCAUCCGCGAAUUCCAAUUCUUCAUCUGGCCCACGAUCCAAUCGUGUGUUGAAACUCAAAAAAUCCACUGCACAAUCAUCACGUUCAACCGUCUCACAAAACCGGUCAUGGGGCUCUGCUUCAACAUCUAGCUCUACCUCGUCGCCAGCCCCAUCUUCAUCAAAUCAGUAUAACAAUCCCUUCCCCACUCUACCCUCAUCCCGUCCCAACCAAACCGAUUCCCGUAUAACAACCACACCUUGGGUAGCACCAACUCCUGCACCCUCCUCAUCUUCAGCACCUCCGUCUGCACCUUCUAGUCGAGCUCCUUCACGUGUGCAAACGAGGAAUGGUAAGGGCGCUGACUCGAGUGCAUUCCCAGCGUUGCCACCAGCUGCCAAACCGCAAAGUACUAUAUUCGGUUAUGGCACCGGUAUGGUAAGGAGAGAUAUGGGAGGUAAACCUGUUGCAACUGCGUGGGGAGCAGGAAGCGCUGAAAGUAGUUCGGGGGCCAACGGAGAGGCAGAAAAUGCAGAUGCUGGUCAGGGAGGAAAGAAAAAGGGAAAUAAAGGGAAGAAGCAGGUUUUGAUGAAUUGGGGUUAA